AUGAUUUUAAAAAUCCUAUUCAUCUGCAGUGUUGCAAUUGGUUUACGCAGUGAUACAUUGGAUGGCUAUAUUGCAAUUCGUGCGUACACGCAUGCGUGUUCUCUUCUUGAUGAAGUGAUAACACAGCUUCCAUCAGGCGAGUGUCGUAACCGGCUUCGUGUGACGUAUGAAACGUAUUUUGAGCGAAUUCACCUGCUUGAUCAGCUACAAAGAUCAUUGGUGGACAAUAUCGUGGACGAUAAAGUAGAUAAUGUAUUAAAUAGUCUGGUCAAGGGAAUUUCAGAUGACAAACAGGAUGUUAUGUCUGAAAAAAAAGAUUUUUCUGAUAUAGAUAUGCAUCAAAAUAACGUUUCACUUGAUACGAUACCCGAGAAUGAAACUUUAGCUGCGUUAUCUGAACAUACUGUUCAGUCUAGUUUCGACGACAUUUCUUCUUUAGAUGCUGCUAAUGGACAUUGUUCUGAUAUAACAAAACGAUCUUCAACUAUGGAGUAUAUUCGACAAUUCUCAUUUUCUGAUAUCAACCUACUCACUCCAAUUAAAUAUUUAUUCAAACCGAUUAAAGAAAUGAUUUCACCUAUUGCCUCUCUACCUGCAUCACCUAUACAAGCGGUAUCAACGGUAUCUUCGGAUCUUGAUGCGACAAUGCUAAAAAAGGAUUCUGAUGAUAUUGAGACAGAACUUGACUUGCAGAAUAUAAGCUUAAAUAAUUGCGAAGCAAAAGAAAAGCAACUAAUUGAUUGUGAUAAUGAUUUUAAAACCGCUUCAAUCACUUCUGAGAUGGAAUGGCCUUUGCUUUCUGACUUUUUUCCACCGUCGCCUGCUCGUAGUUUACUUAAAGAAAUGAAUCCGAAAUCAGAUAUUUAUGAUGAUGAGUAUAUAUCAAAAAGUUUACCUGUAUGUGAAGAAACACAUAUGGGCCCAUUUUUGAAACUUCGUUUGUCUGAGCAUCCUGAUGAGUCUCAAAAAAAAGAACAUCAAAAUACUCUAGAGGACAUUAAUUUAUUUCAAGCCAAUACUUCACAAGAAAAGAUAGGAAUUUUCGCGAAUCAUGAUAUUCAGUCUUAUAAAAAGGUUAAAGAAAAGGCUUACAAUUCAUCAUAUAAUAAUUCUGAUUUAUCUUUCAAUUUUCCUGGCAAGUUAGCAAUGAAUAUAUUACACACUAAAAUGGUAAACUUUCCUAAACAUGUAUCUUAUGCUACACCAACAUCAUCGCCUAUUUUGUUAAAUAUGUCAAAACAGGGAAACACAUAUUCAACAUCAAUAUAUAAAAAUAUAUCAUCCGAAAUGAUUAUGCUUGAAGGAGCUGAUUCUGUACAUGUACAAAAGCCCAAGGACUCUAUUGCAAGAACCUAUUGGCUUAUGAAGAUUCUUCAAAAAACUUUAAUGCCGUUUAUUAAUAAAUCCAAAGGUUUUUAUUUAACACCACGACUUUUUGUAUCUAAAGAUAUAUGGUAUGUUAAAGAUAUAAAAAUAAAAGGGGAAGAUGAAAAAAUCAAAGUCUGUGAGUCUUUAAUAUUUACUUUAAACAAAAUAAAAUCUUUUAAACAAGAUGAUCUUCAGUCCUUAAUUAAAGAAUUGUCGUAUUUGGGUAAUAUGGUUGAUUUAUUUCGUUUUUGGCUUUUAAAAAAGUUCGGCACAGAUGUCGUAGAACCUAAAAAGAGAUUUGGAAUUGCUAAAUUUACCAGUAAAUCUAAAUUUCUAAUAAAAAAUCUUCCUCCUGAAAAAUUUAAUACAUCUAAAUAUGGAUUAGUACAAUUUGAUGGACCUAGAAAAAUGUAUUUAACAUCGAUAUAUCGAUUAUUUGAAUCUGCACAAGUUAUUGAUCAAUUGUCAAAUUCAUUAGAUCUUCACGAUUUACCUAUAAAGGCACAGGAUCAUAUUCAUGAAACACUAAAAAACAUUUCUGAUUUUUUUGAAAAUGUAAUAUGUCAUUUCGUUCUUGUUGAUAUAAAUGUGUUAUUGGACCAUUUUAUAAAGCAAUUGCUUUACGGUGACGACUACAACUCAAUUAUUGGACCAUACUGA